AUGCAUUCGGAGUUACUGAGAGCCCUUCCCAGCGUGUCCAUCUCGCUGGUGCCCUCGAGCUCCCAGCCCGGCCCCGGCCGCCUGCUCUGCUCCCUGAUGGAUUUCUCCCCUGCCCACAUCCAGCUGAGCUGCUCCCAGGGCCAGCAGCAGCUCUCGGGCCACGUGCUGGCCACUGCCGUGCUCCCCAGCGGGGACUGGAGCCAGCAGCUCCUGGUGCUGCUGGAAACCGCCCCCGGCAAUGCGGGCUCAGCUCCAGCUGCCAGCUCCAGCUGCCAGGUGGAGCACGUCAGCCUGGAGCACCCCCUGAGCCGGCACUGGGAGAUGCCACCGGAUGCCACCCACAGCAAGAUGCUGAUGGGGAUCAGGGGCUCCCUGUUGGGCUUUGUCUUCUUGGUGCUGUGGCUUGGCUUCUACCUGUGCAAGAAGAGCUCCUGAGCCUCUGGUAGUCGCAGCCCCUCCCCGUGGCCUCGCGCCCGGCCAGGAGCCCCUGCUCCAUCCCUGCAGUGAUUCUGGAGGGGUCGUGUGUCCUCCCAGCCCUGCUGUCACUCUGUCCUCACCUGGCUGCUCCCAGUGUUCCCAGUAAAGCUUCCCAGUUUGCCCCUGUCCCGUUUAUGGGGGGCAGUGGGGAGGGACAUGGGGUGACCUUGCGGGGGGACUGUGGCAGAGACAGAUGCUGCCCUAGGAUGGAUCAGGACCCCCGUGUGUCCUCCCCAUGUGUCAUCCUAUUCUGGGGACUCCUUGGGAGACACCAAAUUCCAGCAUGGCACCCAGCAAACCCUAAAAAGCACUGGGACCCCUGAAGCCACCAGGGAAAUUUGGGGAGGGGGUGCAUGGGUGGUACCUGGACCAUGCCAAGAGCCCAGCACUGCCCCAGCUUGGCCUGCCCUGGUUCCUCCCGUGGGAUGUGAAGGAAUUGGAAAAAUGGGGAUCCAAGGGUGGGCGCUGGGCCUGGGGGUGAACAGGAGAAGAUAUGGAGGAAGAGGAAAAGAGCCAGAGAAGAGAAGAAAGCAGGAUGAAGAAGGAGGAGUGAGACUCAUCCAAACCCAAUAUGGGGCUCCCAUGCCCCUCUUUUCCCCUGCUCCUCCACCCCUGCCCCACUGCCGACCAAUCCACCACCCCACCUCUCCUAUCCCCCCUUUCACUCAAUUCAAGCAGAUGCUGGCAGCUUUUUCCUGGGAGCAAUUCCUGAGUUUGGGGAUUUUUGGGGUGCAGUUCUGGAGGGGGACAGCUCUGUCUGGCUUUCCCCUCCCUGCUGUGGCCUCUCAGCUGCCCCCCACACCCUGGGGGUGCUGGGAUUUCCCUCCUGGGCACAAGGACGUUCAUUCCCUUCCAGGAGCCCAAUGCCCGGCUGGGGCUCCAGGCCAGGGGGUCCUUGAGCAGCUGCCCCAGAACCUCCGCCAGGGGCUCCCAGCGCAGCCGCAGCCGCUCGGCCUGGGCUCCCCAAAGCCCUCAGCAAGUCCCAAGUCCCUGCCAGGAACCCUCAACUCCCUCAAACCCAGCAUCCCCCACAGCCCCUGCAAGUUCCCCCCAUGGCAGUGGCCACAGCCAUGGCCCCACAUGUCACUGGCCAUGUCCCACCAUGUCCUCACCCAUGGCUGUGUC